AUGAAUUCAACUAUAAUCGAAGAAGCUGUCUCAAAAUCUACCAUAUUGGGUUGCCCAUUCUUAUAUGAGCAUUAUCCAACUUUAGAACGUCCAUUUUUUAAUAUAUCAUUAUGGGAAAACUUUAAUAAAUAUGUUACUCUUUGGACCAAUGGCAAGUUUGUUCCAGAAAACUUUCAAUUCAUUGCUGGUGAAUUACCAAUGAGUCAAUUGCCACAAGUAAUUACUGCAAUUAUCACUUAUUAUGUAGUUAUCUUCGGUGGUAGAGAGCUAAUGAGAGAAAGAGAGCCAUUUAAGUUUCACUUUUUAUUCCAAAUUCAUAAUUUAUUUUUAACAUCUAUCUCCUUUUCAUUAUUAAUUUUAAUGAUCGAACAAUUAAUUCCAAUUCUUUAUAGACAUGGUAUUUUCUAUGCCAUUUGUAAUAUUGGUGCAUGGACUCAACCAAUGGUUACUUUGUAUUAUUUCAACUACAUUAUUAAAUUCAUCGAAUUUAUUGACACUGUAUUUUUAGUUCUAAAGAAAAAGAAAUUGACAUUUUUACAUACCUAUCAUCAUGGUGCAACUGCUUUAUUAUGUUACACUCAAUUAGUUGGUACUACUUCUAUCUCCUGGGUUCCAAUCACAUUAAACUUAGGUGUUCACGUUGUUAUGUACUGGUACUAUUUCUUGGCUGCUAGAGGUAUCAGAGUUUGGUGGAAAGAAUGGGUAACUAGAUUCCAAAUUAUUCAAUUUGUCUUAGAUAUUGCAUUCAUCUAUUUCGCAGUAUACCAAAAAUUCGUUCAUCUAUAUAUGGCUGACAGUUUGCCAUAUUGUGGUGAUUGUGUUGGUUCUACUACUGCCACUUUUGCCGGUUUCUUCAUCAUCUCAUCCUAUUUAGUAUUAUUCAUCACUUUCUAUAUUGAUGUUUACAAGCGUACUGGCUCUAAGCAAAGUAGAGUUGUCAAGCGUGUUCGUGGUGGUGUUGCUGCCAAGGUUAAUGAAUACGUUAGCGUCGAUUUACAGAACGUUCAAACUCCAUCUCCUUCUCCAGAUCCUCAAAUUAGAAAAAGAAAGUAA